AUGGACGUGUCAGACAAGGGCGCCCUCCCGAAGCUUCAGUCGGCCUCUGCCUCCAAGACGUUCGCCGUCCUCGACGAAGAAGAGAUCAACGGGCAGGGUGGGGGCGGCUGUCCGGGGCUCUUCGGCGCCGACUACGACGAAGACAAACCGACCUCUUGGGCCAAGACCUGGCAUAGUAUAUACAGUGCGAGUAUUUGCCGAGGUCGCGACCAACAUCCGACGCAUGACUUGGCAGGAGCAGACCGCAUCGAGGGCGAGGGCGAGGGCAUCAAAUCGUUUUUCUUUGACCUGUCGCGUGAGGUGAUCGACCCCGCCCAUCUGGCGGGUCUUCGCGAGGCUUUGCGCAAUCCUGCUGGGCGAACUGGGGCCGUGGCCGUCGAGGCCGAAGGCGGAGCCCCCGCCCGCUCAGCGCCCUCGCUUCACUUCGCGAGGGGAGAGGCCCCGCUCGAGAUUUUUACCAGGGGCGGUCGAUCCGAGCCCCGGGAGGUCAGUUUAGUCGAGGGUACGUGGCAUGAGCGAGAGUUCUUUGUGCUUUCGGAUGCCAAGGAGCGGCAAAUCAUCGCCCAGUCGGGCCGACCCUGCAAUCGGCUGCCGGUUGCGUCUCUCGGGCGGACUCUGGGGGCGGCGGACGCGAAGAACGGCUGCCAAGGAUGGCAGUUGGCUCCAGGAGAGCUGAUCGAGUUAAUGGCGCUGGUCUACGGAAUCAACUACGCGCCUCUUCUGUGGCGCAUAAAGUGCGAGGAUAUCGCGCCAUGGUUGCGCGGAUCCAGUGGCUCGGCCGAGAGACUGGGCCAGACGUCGCUGGAGGACGCCGGCGCCCGCGUUGGGCCCGUGGCGGGGCUGCCGAGCGAGCCAGUCGACCUGGCCGCCGCCGACGCCUGCGGGGCUCCCAGCGAAGAGGACGUAUUGACGGAGGCUUCGUGGCAGUACCUUCCUGUUCGGGACGUUUUGGCCAGACGCGGUGCGCCAGCCUUUAGGGAUUCCAUGCCGUUCGCCUUCCACCUUGCCGUGGCCGUCCACGGUUCUCCAGAGGACCGCGCCUUCAGUUUCGGUGCACUGGAGGGCCUCGACAAUCUUCGUGGCGCCGCUCUGGAAUUAGGGGAACGCGGGCAGACGCGCGCCUUGGAGAACUUCGAGUACUUUUACGCAUUACCCAGGGGCACCGUUACGUUGGAGCAGGACGACGACAGGCCCAAGAAGGACAAGAAGGACAAGAAGGAGAAGAAGGAGAAGAAGGAGCGGAGAGCCCGCGGCCGCAGCCCGUCCCUCGACGAGGACACAGAGAGAAGAGGCUACGCGCCCUCGCCGCGGGGGGCGAACCGCGAGAGGAAGGACAGGGGCGACCAGAGCCCGGCGGUGAGCCCAGACCGGGCAGCCGGGGGCCGGAGCCCCCGCCGGAGUCUGCGCAGAGAGGCCAGCAGGAGCCGCGAGUUCGCGGCGGCCUCGGGCCCCCGGGCGAGGACGCCCGGGCCCGAUGACGGCCGGGCGAGGACUCCCAGUCCGGAGGACCGCCAUUAUGACAGCCCCUCGAGUCCCAGGGCGCCCAAGGAGAAGAAGGAGAAGAAGGAGAAGAAGGCGAAGAAGGAGAGGAAGGAGAAGAGAGACGACGGAGAAGAAGGGGGCCAGUCGCUCGCGAACGAGGAGAGCAGGGAGAAGAAGGAGAAGAAGGCAAAGGCACAAGACGACGAGCGAGCCGGGACGCCCGCCGACGGCGAGCAGCAGGACGCCUACGGCGACGACGAGCGCAGGGAGAAGAAGAGCAAGAAGGAGAAGAAGGAGAGGAAGAGCCGCCGGCAGGAGACCCUGGAGCUCGCCGCCGCGGAAGAGCAGGAGCACGACGAGGCGGCGUGGCGCCGGAGCAGAAGUCAGCGCAGGGGGCUGGUCCCGGGUCAGAAAAGCAGGGGCCGGCCCGUGGGCGGCGCGGGAGCCCCGGCGGAGGCCAGCAGUGCCAAGACCGAGGAGGUGGUCGUGGACACUCCGGAGGAGGCGCGGCCUCGAUCGAUCCUCGGCCUUAUAUCCACAGUCCUGGGCCCCUCGAGAGAGCUCGAUGGGGAGGGCGCCGCCCCGGGCCCGCUGCCGCAGCCGAGGCUGCCCCCGCACGCCAUCCGAGAGGCCCAGUUUGCUGACGGGUGCGGCCGGGGCCUUCCCCUGGCGCACGUGCCGCGGUCCUUCGGGCUCUUCCGGGCUGGGCGGAGGGCUAGCUUCGCAGGGUGGCCGGAGUGCCAAGCCGAGCGCUUCCGUGACGGGUGGGCGGUCAGCUCCACGGAGCAGGGCGACCCCAUGCAGUCCCGCGGCACGGCGCAAAUCACCACCGAGACACAGCGCUCAGAGGACAGUGAGACCAACAGCUUCUACAACGCAGUCCUGAAGGGCGCCCAUGAUUUUCAAGAGUCCUAG